AUGGCAGAAACACUUCGAAAUAGCGACUCCACCGCAGCACGGUCGCAGCCCAGCCGACUGCAACAGCGGAGACCGGCGUCCUUGCAGAUCAGUCCGGCUUCUUCCUGUUGGAACGCUGCUAUUCCUCUUUUGUCUCCGCUUAACACGUCGCCUACAGCGAUAGAUAUGAAGUCUCGGGAGGUUACGCCACCGCCGCCGAGGAGUCAGGGAACGGAGGCGGACAAGUCAGUGGUGUUCAAGAAGUGGCAGCACCCAGCGGCUCCUUUUUGUUACGAGCCGGCUCCGUUUAAGCCCUCAUUUUCUGUGCCUGUGUAG